AUGGGGUCGAUGUACGUUUUAAGUGCAAUUUUUUUAUUAAUUCAAUGUAACAAUAUUUUGGUACGAUGUGAUACAUUUAUCCCAGAUAAGACUUACCAUGUACCAGUAAAGGGAGUAAAUAGACCGACCAGACAAUUUGUGGAUAAUUCUCAGUUCCCUGCUGUACCUGGAAAUUUUAUGGGAGCUCCUCGCCAGCCUGUUUUUCACACUAAUACAGUGGAAAGUCAGCCCAAGUCACCGAUAUUGGAAGAACAAAAGCAGGCACCUAAUAAUAUGACACUUUCGGAAUUGGUAAACGCAUUCAAUGAUUUAAGUGAACACGAAGAGCAACCAGAACAGGUUAGGUCUGUUCCAAGAGAUUACGGGUAUAGCCCAUAUGGAUAUCGACCCCAGGUGUAUGAUUAUCCAUCACGACCUAAUUAUGGACAGUGGUCCCCACCAGCUUAUUCGUCUUAUCAUGAACCCUCAUACUAUCCUCCGCCACCAUCGCCAUUGGCGCCACCACACCAUUCAUUAUCGAAGAUUUCUCUGCUGAAACCAAGUCUUGAUUUAGUGAAGCCAGUGACGACAAAAGUUGCGAGCAAAGUAAGCGGUUUAAUUGGGCUAGUCUUAGCUUUGCUCACAGGAUCAUCUCCUAACGACUUAGAACUGAAAGGCUUUAAGGAUAUUGUAAUAAAUGGUAUCGUUAAGCCAUUAUUACUUGCAAAAGGAGGAAUUAAGACGUUGAUCAGUAAGUUAACAAUACCAGUGAUAUCACUAUUGUUAAUAAAUUUGGAGGUUCUGAUAACAGUAUGGUGGCUAUGGGAGGACUGCCCAGAGCCUGCUCAUGCUCCACCACCCUAUUCUUACCCAAAACCUAUCUAUAACUACAAUACGUAUUAA